AUCCUCACCACCGAGCUGCGGCGCAUAUUCAUGCCAGUGACGCUACCACUAGAAUUCCACUCGCUUUGAUGAUGACGUGACGCAAAAUCAGUCACAAUAUCUACACUCUUUCUGGACCUUUCCUAGACCUUGAUCCUACACGCCAGCAACAUGUCGACCGAAGAACUCAAGUCACCGCCGCAGGUUCCGCGCAAGGAACUGCCUCCAACAUACCAGCGCAACGGCCCUGCGCCCGAGUGGGAAGCGCCCCUCGAAACUGGUCGAAAGCCCACGAAUAUCAAGCUCGGCGCAUUCGCAGGCGCAAGCACGACUUUGACAAACCGAUUUAACCGCCUUAUCCCUCCACACAAGAAGUACUUUGGGCGCAGUCGGCGCGUCUUCCUUAUCUGCCUAGGAAUACUAUUUCUAGCACUCCUGGCUCUCAUAAUUGGGCUUGCGGUUGGUCUUGGGCAUAAGAAACAACACCGGAACUUACCUCUACCAAAUGGUGCGAAAACAUACACUGGAGAUUUGACAUACUAUGGCCCCGGAUUGGGGGCAUGUGGCACUGAUUCGAACGAUAAUUCGGCCAUUGUGUCGAUUAGUCAUUUCGUGUUUGAUGCUGUGCAGAAGGGCUCAAAUCCGAAUGCGAAUCCGCUCUGCUUUAGGAAGAUCAGGGCACAGCGUCAAUACAAAGGGGGGUUACACAGUGUAGAUUUGACUGUUGUGGAUAGAUGUACUGGCUGCGAGCCAAAUGAUUUAGAUGUUAGCCCGGGAAUGUUUGCGAAGCUCGCGGAUCCGGAUCAAGGAAGAGUUACGGUUACCUGGGCUUGGCUUUAACGACAUAGCGAAGC